AUGCCACCGGUGGAGCUCCCUGCAGCAGGAACCAGACAAUUCUGGGUUGAAUUACGACGCCAAUGGCGGCUACCGUUCGCAAUCCUUGCUAGCAAUGAUUCCUGUCUGCUCCCUCAAAGCUCUGCUACCUACCCCUACUUCCUUAAACAUUGGUCAUCGCACAGAAGUAGCCAUUCGAGCGUACAAUCCUCGCCGUCCAGCAUCAAAGCAGAACCCUGGGUCGUGCCUGAAAGCCUUUCGGCAACGCUUGAAGCCCACCGCGAUGCCAACCGCGCACCUCCAAUCCGCAAGACAGCACGUACUGUCAAGAGCGGACGAGAAGCCGCAAGACUUGUCUUAGCUCUUAGACAGAAGAAGGAGGAGAAGAAGCUGAAGGAUGAGGCAACCCAUGCAGCGCGCGGGAGAGAGGAGGAGCCUGCGCAGGACCCUGACGGCGGGUUGGGAACAGAGCACAAAAACAAGCCAAAGGGCAACAACUCUGUCGAGAUAGAAUACCAAGCUUUCAGCCAAAUGCCCAAAAAGGAAUGGAAACUGCCAAAAUCUGAUAUUCCUCUCCGAGGAAAGAGACCAUGGAUGGCUCAUCUCGAUCCAGUGGGCAAGAGUACCAGAUAUGUCUACGACUACCUUACGGCGGAGAUCUUAGCAUUCGAGAGAUACAUGGAGCCAACCGCAUCGGAGAAAGCCGCAGUGGAGAAGGCUUUGAUUGAUGUCCGGCGAAGCAUCGAAGCUGUCGAUCCUGCCAUUAAGACAUUUGUGAUAGGCUCCCGAGGCACCGGGCUGGCAAUGGCUCUUUCCGAUAUCGAUCUUAAUCUCCAGCAUCCAAACGUGGUGGGUAUCGGAGCUAAAGGCGCGCCUGUCCUGUGCUACAGUGAUCCGCUGGUACGAAAGCAAGUAAUUGGCCUACUUGGUCAGGUCAGACGCAGCGUCAGGAAGAGAGGCGGCCCGAAACCUGCUUUCGACAAAACUGCCCUGAUCGAAGCCAAGGUCCCGAUCGUUACCGCCCAGCACAACAAGACAGGUCUAGACGUCCAGAUACAAUGCACGACCGACAGUUUCGUGAGCAUGGAACUGGUAAAAGACUAUAUGCAAGAAUACCCUACUCUUCGUCCUCUCUUCCUCGUACUAAGGCAGGUACUCAAGAUGCGCGGCCUAGGAGACCCUCGAAGCUACGGCAUCGGCUCGUACCCACUGAUCAUCAUGAUCGUCGCGGCGCUGAGAUUCAGCAGCUUACGCUUCGAUCGUUUAGAUGCUGGAAGACAGCUGCUUUACUUCUUCGACUUCUACUCCAAAAUAGAUUGCAGAACCACCGGUAUCUCAGUCGAACCCGCCGAACUCUUCUCCAAACUCUCUGCCAGUAACCAAACCAGGCUAUCCUCCAGGCAACAUCUCAUCAGAGAUAUAACAAUUGACAAUAUAGCCACUACCGGAGCUGAUGAGACUUAUAUUGACCCUACCAUUAACCGCAAAAGAAUCGAAUUGGUCGACCCCCAGCGCCCAUAUCUUAUGUGUCUUCAAGACCCUGCCAACGCAGUAAACGAUCUUGGUAGGCAGGUUGUAGCUAUCCAGCAUGUCAGAGCCACCUUUGCAACGCUCACAAAAAAGAUGAAGGUCUCAAUGGAGCUCUUCAACCCGUCCGUAAACCACAACGCAACCUUCUCAAUUCUGGACCCGUGUUUGGCUGCGAAUUAUGAUUGUUUUGAGCAAAGGAGAAAACGCCUGCAAGAGGUUGGAAGAACUUUGACGGUGUCACCCGUGGUUGCAGAAUACCUCUGA